UCCUGGAUCUCUGAAUUAUAGAGAAAAUGGAUUUUGCCACAUUUCUCCAGCAAUCAUGGAAACUUUUUGUGACUGAGAGGAAGCUGAGUUGGAAUAAUAAGCUGGUCCUCUUUGGUCUCUGCAGUGCCAUCGGUUUAAUAGCAAACAUGUUCCUGCUUCUACCUGGGUAUUCCUUCCUGUUGGACUAUCCCAUGUUUUCUAUCAUCACAGUCAGUAUUUUAUGGAUCGUCCUUUCUGGAAAUCUGUACUUUUUCAGGUCUUUUCGCUGCUUUGUUGUGCUAUUCUUCCUUUCUUGUGGACUGCGUGAAGGCAGAAACACUCUCAUUGCUGCUGGGACUGCAAUGGUGGUUGCUGGCAAUAUCCAAAAUAUUUUUUUUAACCUGAAGCAGCUGGCGGUUAGUGUGACUUGCACUCUUGAUUUCCAGAAUUGGGCUUUCCUUGACUUCACCUAUCUUAAAGCAAUUCGGUGGAUUUACAAUCAGAUGAAGAUCUCAGAACAUCUGUUUGUGGUGCGUGACAGGCUAAACGUGUCUUUCUUGGUUGCAGAUGAAGACCUGAAGCUGCAGCUGGAAAAAACAAGACUGGGUAUCCACAACAUCACAAGCCAAAUCUCCUCCAUAAUAGCUGUACAGUCCUUUUUGGGCAAGAAAGUGCUACCUCUUUUGGGUAUAGUGUUGGUUCUCCUUGGGACAUAUCUCUUCAUCCGAAACUUCCUGAGCCCACAGAACCUCAAGUUUAAGAACACAUACAUCACACAAGGGUUCAUUAAGUACAAUGAACAAGUGUGGCAGAAGCAAAAGCUCUCGGUCCUUCCCCUAAGUAAAGAAGAACGAAAUGUGUACUCACUGGUGCCGUCUUUUUGCCAAACACCUAAAGAAAGGAAAUGCACAGCACGCUUUUUUCUCCCUGUGCUUGCUAACCUUUGCAUUUGGAUCCUCUUUGCAGCAGUAGAUUAUUUGCUUUACUGGCUCAUUUUUUCCGUGAGCAAGCAUCUCCAAGAUUUCCCUGAGCUAGAGGUCCACUUCAAAUUGUAUUACCAUAAAAAUGCAGCUAAAUUCAUCUUGAACAACGGGGAGCUUGUUGACAAGACUAUUUCCUUUAAGACUGCUCUUUUUGAGGACGCCUGCAUUCCCAAACCAAAGAUUUCCCUCUCUGGUACAUGGAUCCAGCUCGGUGUUAUCCUGCUCUUUCUAAUAGUGCUGGGGCUUCUGACUUCUACGCUCACACAACUUAAAAUAUUAGUGGCAACAGCAUUCUUUCCAAGCACAGACAUGAAACGGAUAAAGUAUCUGCACACAAAAUUAUUAAACAGAAGAUCCAAAUUCUCCAAGAAAAAUGUGAAAAGGAAACUUAAUUCAUUUGCAAAGUUACAUUUUUGGUUCCCCAUACUCCAGGCACUGGGAAGUGCCAGGAAGAAAGAAACAGAUGUGGAAAAAGAAAGGCCCGUUUUACAGCAUUAG